AUGUUCAAGUCAACCAACGCGUACGACGACUUGGUUCAGCGGGCCACCUCCGAGAACCUGACUUCAGAGAACUGGGAUCUAAACCUGACGGUGUGCGAAAAGGUGUCCAAGGCAGGAUCUCAAGGCGCAAGAGAUGUCGUUGCCUCCCUCUCUAGGCGCAUUCAGCACAAGUCGGCCAACGUACAGCUCUUUUCACUCACCCUCUGCGAUUCUCUGUGCAAGAAUGUGGGAGCGGAUGCCAAGAGGGAAUUGGCUGGCAAGGGCUUCUUGGAUCAGAUCAAGAGGUUGCUGAAGGAUGCGACCGCUCACAUGGUCGUCAAGCAAAAAACUUGGAGGCUGCUCAACGAGUGGAACACAGAGUGGGGCAAUCGCGAGGAAGGUGGUCUGCUAUCGGAAACGCUUCAAAGUUUGAGAGGUCAAGGCAUUUCAUUUGACGUUCAACAGCCUGCUGCCCCUCCAAAGCCGUCUCCUGCGCAGCUCUCGCGAGAAGAUGAGGAGCUGCAACGCGUUCUGGAAUUGUCAAAGCUCGAUGUAGGGGGUCGCUCAUCCUACACUCCUUCCGCGGCCGACAGCAGCGGCUAUGUUCCCAACACCACCUCGACGUCGAGCAGCACAGCUUUUAGCUCCGCGCCUUCCGCCCCCUCGCAGCCGUCUGUCGUUGAGACGCCAACUGUACAGGCUGCUCCCGCAAAGGUGCGUGCACUGUACGAUUUCGCACCUACGGAGCACAACGAGCUGGCAUUCUACAAAGGCGACGUCAUCAGAGUUCUCGACUCUCUGUACGAACACUGGUGGCGCGGCGAGCUACGAGGUCAAGCGGGAAUCUUUCCCGUCAAUUACGUCGAACCGCUUCCGGACAAGACGCCAGUCGAAUUGCAAAAGGAAGCAGAAGCCGAGGCUGCCGUGUUUGCAGAGGCGGCCAACAUCGACAAGCUCGUUAACAAAUUGCGCAGCUUUGAUCCCGCUCGUCAAAGCUUGGCGGAAGAUGAUGAGCUUCAGGAUUUGUACCAACAGUGCAUUUCGCUUCGGCCAAAAAUCGUUCGAUUGAUGGAGCAGUACAAUCACAAGGUGACGGAUUUGAGAAACCUCAACGAUAGCUACAUUCACGCCAGGGGAGUCUUCGACUCUGCCAUCGCAGGUUCCCAAGCUCAACCUCACUUUGGCGCGCCGCAUCAAGCACCAACGCCAACGUUGCAAAGGGCAGAUUCCUUCGCAUCGACCGCGCAUUCUGAUGGUCGCGCGCCAUCAGCUCAGCCUUUCUCACCCUAUGCGCCGCAGCAGGCAGCUCCAUGGGCACCUGGUUGGCACCAGCAACAGCAGUAUCCGCAACAGCCUGCUAGCAGCGCUCAGUAUCAAGCGCCACCGCCGCCGCAUCAGCAACAGGCACAGCAACAGCAUCAGCCCCAAGGUCAAAUGUAUCCCAACCCAAAUGAUCCAGGCUACGCUGCUUGGUACUACUCCCAGCCGCAAUUCCAACAAGGUGCUCCCACACACGCUCAGCAGUGA